UGGGCCUUUUUUAGGAGCCGUGAAAGGGGACCCUGCAGGGAAGAUGUGAGGGUAAAGCUCAGACCUGCUAGAAGUCCAAACUGUCUGUCUCUGCACUCGGCCACCAUGGCUCCCAAAACCGUCCUCAUCACGGGAUGCUCGUCUGGCAUUGGGCUAGCCUUGGCUGUGAAAUUGGCACAAGACAAGCAGAGGAGAUUCAAAGUGAUUGCCACUCUGAGGAACGUGACCAAGAAGGAACAGCUGGAAGCAGCUGCUGGGGCUGCUCUCAACAGGAGCCUGGAGAUCAAGCAGCUGGACGUCUGUGAUGAGAGAUCCAUCCGCAGCUGCAUCAACAGCAUCCCCAACAGGCAUAUAGACAUCCUUGUCAACAAUGCCGGGGUGGGCCUCAUUGGGCCUAUUGAAUGCCAAUCGAUGGAGGAGAUGAAGGCCAUCAUGGAGACCAACUUCUUUGGCGUGGUGCGGAUGAUUAAGGAAGUCCUCCCUGACAUGAAGAAGAGAAGGAGCGGCCACAUUCUAGUCAUCAGCAGCGUUAUGGGUUUGCAAGGCAUCAUGUUCAAUGAGAUCUACGCAGCAUCCAAAUUUGCCAUUGAGGGGUUCUGCGAAAGCCUGGUUGUACAGACGCUCAAGUUCAACAUCUUCAUCAGCAUGAUUGAGCCAGGCCCCGUGGAGACCGAGUUUGAGAUGAAGGUCUACGAAGAUGCGGGAAAAGCUGACUACUCCCAGACUGACCAAGAAACAGCCGAGAUAUUCACCAAUAUAUAUCUGAAGAAUUCCAAAGCCAUCUUCUCCAGCUUGGGUCAGAGGCCUGAAGACAUUGCUGAGCACAUCCUGAAAGUCCUCAGCAUGGCCAGGCCCCCUUUCCGCCACCAGACCAAUGCCAUCUACACCCCCAUGACUGCCCUCAAGCACGCCGACCCCACCGGAGCCCUGAUGACCGACUCCUUCUACAAGCUGGUCUUCAAGUACGACACCCUCCUGCACAUUAGCCUGAAGGCCAUCCGCCUCAUCCGCUGGCCGGCCCACAAAAUGCGGCAAGGGGCCCGGCUGCUGGGCUUCCGGUGAGGCUGCCCCGAGGCCAGAAGAGUCGGUUGUGGUUGCCAACUUAGGUGGAGAUACCCCUGGAGAUUUGGGGGUGUGGAACAUGGGGAGGGUGAGACUUGGGGAGGGGAAGAAACUCACUGGGAUAUAAUGUUGGGUUCCCAACCUCCAGGUGGUGGCUGGGGUUACAAUGGAUCUACAGGUGACAGAUCAAUUCAACUGGUCAAAAUGGCUGCUUUGAAGGGUGGAUUUGAUGGCAUUAUACCCUGCUGGGGUCCCUCCCCAAACCCUGCUCUCCUCAGGCUUCACCCCCCCCACCCCCCACCAAAUGCCCAGGUAUUUCCCAA